AUGCAGAGUUUUCCACCUUUGUUCAACUAUAAAUGUGGAGGCACACUUACAGCCAACUGGACAAGUCAAGAACUAUAUAAACCUAAUUUUCUUAAUAAUCAUUAUGAUGCUAUAUGUAGAUGGAUAAUUGUGGCACCUGAAGGAUAUUCUAUAACCGCUAAAAUAAACAGUUUAAAUCUGUAUGACGAAGGUUACAUUCAAUUCUACAAUGGCUUAGCUUGGGAUGCAGCUGAUCAAAUUUCUCAACCACUGUACCAUCAAAAUCAUCCAGCAUUUAAUUCAAGUGCUAGUAUCAUGGGAGUGUUGUUUGAGGCAUAUUGGCUAUACAGUAGCUCGGGAUUCAACAUUAGUUACACUCAGGUGUGUGGAUCUAUAAUGGAGCAAGUAUCUGGUGGUACCAUUACCAGCCCGUUUUAUCCUGAAAACUUCACACCCAAUCAAACCUGCAUUUGGAAAAUUUCUGUACGACCUGGACGAACAAUUAGAUUAACUUUUAACCAACAGUUUGACAUUCCUGAUACCAACCCAUGUGCAAAUCAAUACUUAAAGAUUUUGAAUGGAUUGACACCUAGUUCUCCUCCACUUGGAACACAAAAUGGAACUUACUGUGGAACAGUUGCACCACAAAGACUAGAGACAUCUAGUAAUUAUUUGUUUGUCCAGUUUGUCUCCGGCUCCAGUGGUCUUGGAUCUGGAUUUUCUUUUACCGUCUCAGAAGUCAAUUUGGACUGUAGUGACCACAUCAUAGUGUCACAUUCUAGGCCAUCAGGAAUUCUUGAACCUCCAAGAAAUAAUGGAAGUACAUAUUAUAUGCCAAAUCUUGACUGUAAAUGGGUCAUUACUGCACCAGCUGGAGAAAGAGUGAGAUUGGAUUUUGAUGACAGAUUUGAGAUUCAAGCCAGAGAAGGUGCGUGCAACUCAUACUUCAUUGAAUUACAUGAUGGUGGUACCAUUUCUUCCCCUACCAUUGGACAACGUAUGUGUGGUACAUCAAAACCAGGCACAAUUUAUUCAACAAACAAUGUUCUUCUGGCCAGGUUUAGAACAGACCAUCCAGUAAAUAGCUGGGGAUUUAAAUUUAAUUAUUCUAUUGCAACAUGUGGAGGUACAAUUAUUGGAGCAAGUGGUACAAUUACCAGUCCCAACUAUCCUGGGAACUACAGGAUAAAUACAGAAUGUGAAUGGUCUAUCAUUGCUCCUGUGGGACACUAUAUCAUCUUCAACAUUACAAAUUUUAACCUGCAGUCUUCAACCAAUUGUACAGCUGAUUUCCUUCACAUCAAUGAUGGAAAUGCAACAGACCCAAACAUUUUUCACAGCUGUGGUUCAGUGUCUGGAGUACAAAGGGUGGAAACAUCUGACAACACAGCUUACAUCAAAUUUAAAUCUGAUAGCAGCUCUACAGCUGCUGGGUUUAGGAUUGUAUUCCAAGCUAGUGUUGAAAGCUGUGGUGGAACAUUAACAGCACCAACUGGAGUUCUCACAUCUCCCAAUUACCCAGGUUUUUAUGCUCACAACCGCAGAUGUGUUUGGCAGAUUGAGGUUGAAACUGGUAGAAAAGUUACCUUGACUUUUAAUGAUAUGAAAAUUAACAGUGGAAGGUGCCAAGAUUAUGUUAUGGUAUGGUUAAAAAAAUAUUAA